AUGGCGCAGGAAGAGCAGCAAACGGCGGCUCGCAGCCAGCAGACACAGGCAGCAAGCCAGCCAUCGACCCCGCAGCGGCCGCCGACGCUGUUUGAGGCGGUCAGGCAGAUAGAGCCGAUGACCGACCGCAUCCUGCGCUGGCUGCCCGAGUGGGUGCGAGACGUGGUGCAGGACCGACGGAAGAACCUGCUGUAUCUAGAGCGCCACAUGCAGCGCCGGCUGAUCAAUGAGUUCAGAGCUCAGGCUCGAGAGCUGGAGCCGGUGCUGAAGAGCCGCGGCCAAAUGGUGGGGGAGACGAUCCUUGAGGUCUUCACAUCCAGCACGGGCACAGACGUGACGUACGCCGAGGUGGUGGCCGGCAGCCUGCCAGACACGGUCAGUGGCAAGCUGCCGCGAGACCUCAUCACGGUCAUCGACCCGCUCAUCACCCCAUUCAUAGACCCCUUCGUAGGCAAGCAACCGCUGCUGCAGCCGCGCCGUCUUGCUGCGCCUCGAGGGCUGCCGGAGGGUAUCAAGGUGCCCAUCAACGAGAAGGCUGCUGAGAUUAAGACGACGGUGGUGCACUCCUUUGCGGUGCACGGCUGCGAGGUGGUGCUCAACAAUUUGCGCUCCUUCUUCCUACGCCAGCGCAUCUGCGAGGAGCAUGCACGGUCAGAGGCGGUGCCGGACGGCCGGGGAGGGCUGGCCCGCUUCUGCCAGCAGUGUACCAAGCUAGAGCCUGUGGCAGCCUUUGACGGCCGCAGGCGCUCGUGCCGCACCAGCCUGGCGAAGCGCCACAAGCGGCUGAACCGUGCGCGCGCAGAGCAACCGGGCACCAGCACAGACACCCACACCAGCAGCGCUGACGGCCGCGGCAGCACCAGCAGCCCGCAGGGCGCGGAUGGGCGCCUCGGCGGCCGCGGCCAGCGGGCUGACGGCGCCAGCAGCCCAGCAACGCACACCUCCUUCCAGCUGGCGGGCGCCAAGCGCAGCUGCGGCACCACCACCUCGCCAACCCAGCCCACCGCUGCGGCGUUGGCGGGCGCGGGGCAGGCCCCGCGGUUGCCUCCUGGGGACCUCAUACCCGGCAGGCAGCCAUACGCUGAGCUGGCUGGCCCUGGCAUGCCGGGCCUGCAGGCUCCCGCUGGGGCGCUGGGCGAGGGCGGCGAGGCGGCGCUGUUGCAGCAGCUUGCGCAGUUCUUGGGCAUGCCAGGAGCCUUGGGGGCAGCAGCCGCCAGCGGUGGUGCUGCAGGCUCCCAGGAGCUGCAGCUGGAGCUUCCAGGCAGCGUCACGGAGCUGCGCAGCCUGCUGGGCGCGCUGCGGCAGCUGCAGGCGAUUAUCGGCAGCGUCGCCAUCCCGCAGGUGCAGCGGGCGCUGACGCGGUUGGAGGCGGCGGACGUGCUGGGGCUGCUGCUCGCCAUGCAGGCCCAGCGCCCGCAGGAGCAGCAGGCCGGCGGCAUCGCCACGCCCCAGCCGCAGCAGGAUGCUGCGCUGGGCGGGCAGGAGCUAGCAGCCGUGCUGCAGCUCCUGCAGUCACAUGUGCAGCCGCCGCAGGCCUUGCCCCAGCAGCAGCAGAAGCAGCAGCAGCGGCGGCAGCAGCAGCAGCACCAGCAGCAGCAGCAGCAGCACCUGAUGCAGCAAGCGCGACAGCAACCACAGCAGCACCAGCCGCAGCAGCCCCAUGGACAGCCGCCGGCGGCGGCGGCAGGGGGCUUUCCAGCACUGCCCGUGCCGGCAGGCUCGAACCCGCCCCCACGCCAGCAGCAGCCUCCUCUGGCAGGGGACAGCAGCAGCGCGGUCAUGCAUGCCUUCUUCCAGCAGCUGCAGCAGGCGGCGCAGCAGCCACCCAAGCCGUGA